AUUAGAACAGAAUCGCGUCAUGAUUCGUUGUGCAGUGUCGGUGAACUUCGUUCUCGCAGUUGUGCUUGCUCAGACGCAACCAACGUGCAGAAAUGUGUUUGACUAUACGGUGUGCAGUUCCGUCGAAGGUGUUUUAACCGAGGUAACGGAACGAACGCACCGUGAUCGUUUGGAAAUAUUUAACUUGAAUUUGACGUCGAUUGAUCCUGGUGCCUUUAAAAAUCUCUCGCUAGUAAAUCUACACUUGUCUGCCGGAAAUAGAAUUUCGAAUUUGCAACCUGGCGCGUUCUCGGGCCUACCGAACCUGAAAUAUCUGGACCUUGAUAACAACGCGGUUACGCUGAUUCCCAACUUGUUUCAAGAAUUGCCUCACUUGGACAGAUUGUUCUUGGCUAACAACGGGAUUACCCACAUAUCGGAAGGGACUUUUAACGGACUGUCAGGAUUAACAAGGUUACAACUGCAUCAGAAUUUCAUCGCGACGAUAAAUCAGAUAACAUUUUCCGGCCUUUCGGAGAUAACUUCUCUGGGGCUAGAGGACAACGAAAUAACCACCGUCGCUCCCAAUUCGUUCAAAAGUAUCGAGAAAUUGAAAUAUCUUUACUUGGACAGGAACAACAUCAGAAAACUGCGAGCCGAAACUUUCAAUGGUUUGACUGAACUUGAUUCGUUGUCCAUUUCUCACAAUGACAUAGUAACCGUUCAUGAACGGGCAUUCAGAGGAUUGUCGAAACUGACUCUGUUAUCCAUCGACCACAACAAAAUAUCCACAAUUCGAUCGGGAACUUUUAUCAGCCUAAGUAGUUUAGAAUAUCUGUAUCUUCAUAACAACGAGAUUUCAGUAAUAGAAGCUGACGCAUUCCAAGGCCUCUCGUCGAUGACUCACAUCAGUUUGACUGACAAUAAAAUCCAAACUCUACCGAGUGGCUUAUUCGCUGGACUAACGAACCUGAAGUCAGUCGUCCUGGUUAAUAACACUAUAACUGCAAUCGACCGAGUUGUAGUUCAGUUGCCAAGAUCUGCGACAAUUCAAUUCGGCAUUGAAUUUAUUCAACUUGGCUCACACGAUGACGGACUUUUUAGCAACGAAUGGCGAGCAAAGCUGUUUACAAAUCGCAUCAUGAUUCGUCGCGCAGUGCUAGUGAACUUCGUUUUGGCAGUUGUGCUUGCUCAGACGCAGCCGACGUGCAAAAAUGUGUUCGACUAUACCGUGUGCAGUUCCGUCGAAGGUGUUUUAACCGAAGUAAAGCAACGAAGUCAUCACGAUCGUUUGGAAAUAUUCAACUUCGAUUUGACGUCUAUUGAACCCGGAGCGUUUAAAAAUGUCUCAGUGGUAACUCUGUACCUGUCUGCCGGAAAUCGAAUUUCCAAUUUGCAACCUGGAGCAUUCGCUGGCCUGCCGAACCUGAAAAAUCUGCACCUUCAAAACAACGCAGUUACGCCGAUUCCCGGCUUGUUUCAAGAACUGCCCCACCUGGAAAGGUUAACCUUGGCCAAUAACAGCAUUACCCACAUACCGGAAGGGACUUUUAACGAACUGUCGCAAUUGAAAGAGUUGAUACUGGAUUGGAAUCUGAUCACCCACGUACCGGAAGAGACUUUUAACGGACUAUCAGGAUUGACAAAGCUGAGCCUGGAUAAGAAUCCGAUUGAGACGAUAAAUCAAACAACAUUUUCUGGUCUUCCGAAGCUGACUUCUCUGGCGGUAGAGCGCAGCGAAAUAACUACUUUCGCUUCUAACUCGUUCGAAAGCCUCACGGAAUUAAAAAAUCUUUACUUAAACUGGAACAAUAUCGGAGAACUGCGAGCCGAAACUUUCAAAGGUUUGAGUAAGCUUGAUUUUCUCUCCAUUUCCGACAGCGCCGUAACGACCGUUCAUGACGGGGCGUUCAAAGGAUUGCCAAAACUGACCGUGUUACUGCUCGACCAGAACAAUAUAUCCACGAUUCGGUCGGGCACUUUUAUCGGACUGAGCAGUUUAUACCAUCUGGAUCUUGACAACAACGAGAUUUCAGUAAUAGAAGCUGGUGCGUUCGAAGGCCUCUCGUCAAUAUCGCACAUAAGCUUGGUCAACAACAAAAUCGCAACACUGCCGAGUGGCUUGUUCGCUGGACUCACAAAACUGGAUUCACUCUGGCUGGUUAAUAACACUCUAACUGCAAUUGACCGAGCCGUAGUUCAGUUGCCAAGUUUCGCGAGAGUUAUCUUCGAGUUCUGAAUUAUUAUCGCGCGCUACUUCCCGCGUUAAAAUUGAGUCUACCGCAAUGGUCGAUUUAAUUAAGAAAGUUAUGGUUAAUCAACAAUUAUGCAACAUGCUAGAUAAAAUCUCUGAGUAAAUAAUUUUUCGUACGAUGUCUCUACUACUUUCUGAAAAUAUCUGAUACUUUCCGGUUCAGGUUCACGCAAUCAGCUUUAUCGAUACCACGCGAGAAUAUCUCCGAGUCGAAAUUUAGACCCUCGUCUAAUUUCGAGGGGGAAAUGACUCGAGGAAUUAAUGUGACAAUGGUUUUUGAAUUAAUUCGUAAUCGGUACCGAAUUAACUAAACUUAAUACGACUUAACGUGAAUUAAUUUUUACUAACGUAGGAGAUUGUUGAAAAUUAUUUUGGGCUGAAAUGAAUUAAUUGGAAGUACAAAAAUUGACUUGGAUCAUUCAAAUUAAUUCAAACUAUAAAAUUAACGUGUCGAUUGAACCCCAAUUGUUGCUCCCUCGAAUUUGUCACUGUAAAUUAUGUGAAAUUACAUGCAUGUGAUGUUACGUAAUCGUAUAUUAACACAUGUAAUCUUGUUAAAUUUUAUCCAAGUUCACGACAUUCUAUAAAUAUAUGAUGUAAAUAAUAUAUUACGGUUACAUGCGGAAUCAUAAAAAUAUAUAACUCAAUCAUUAACGUAGUCGUGGUUAUUGCAAUUAUAAUUGACAACCUAUCGCUGUGUUUUGUAAUGAUUAGUGCAUUCCGAAUCCAUUGCUCAUUACUUUAGUAUCGAAUAAUGCAAUUUCAAUCCAUUAUCCAUUACUUUGGUAAUAAUUAAUGUAACUCAAAUUCAUUUUUCAUACUCUGACAAUUACAAAAUACAUGGCACAAACAGCCUAUUAGUUUUUCGAUAAGCAAAUCAAAGUAUUUUUCAAAUCUAUAAUCCGACAGCUAACCUUACGCAUUUCUUGUAUUGUUUUCGUACGAAUCCAGGAUGAAUGAAGAUAAUGUGGAAAUUAUAUCGAACCGUAAGCACGCACACUCCUCGUUGGGGAAUUAUGACGAGUUCCAAACAUUCGACGUAAAAACCUUCGAUUCCGUUUCUUACACAGUCAAGAUCGUUUCUACAAGUAAAUCUCGAGACCAUGACUUGAAAUAAAAAGUUCUCCGUUACAAGUAGUUUUACCGCUACCACUAUCGAUAAGUUUCUUCUUACUAUAGCGAUAUUGUAAAUAUAUAAAUCCAUUACACGAUUACCACUAAUUAUGAAAUCAUGUGUCAAGUCCCAAUCACUUGCUAUGCCGCUCAAGCGACGUCACAAAAAUUUUAUAACAAUACGUUAUUAAACUUCGCACAACAACACCCCCAUACUUGACUAGCUACACUCGAUAAUACAUGUAACGUAUGGACAAAAUAACAAUAAAAACUGACGACAAUCACUAACAAUGCAUUA